AUGGACGACAAAUUGGACCGUCUCGAGCAAGAGCAAAAAGAUAUGCAGGCAGAAAUGAGAAGUAAAUUUGAAAAGAUUGAGGCCAAUAUUGCCAGUUCACAACUGAAUAUGCUGCAGAAAUUAGAGGACCUAUUCAAGAAACAUGCUGAAAAGAGUCAUGCUGGAAAUCCCACCUCCUCUAACCAAGAUUCCAUACCCCCUCCAGGGAUCACAACAGAAUUUGGUCAUCCUCUUGGUUUCACACCUAUACACAUCUCUGCUCGUUCUUCGAUACCUCAAGAAGCUCGAUCUCAUGCAUAUGUCAGCAAUGAGAAUCAACAACAACAAAUGGGAUCCACAUUCCCAAAUAGCUAUCAGUCUGUUCCAGGAGUAAGGCUAGGAGAAUUUAGUACUGAGCACCUAAUCCUAGAUCUAAAUGAGUUAGCCGAAAAGGAGAAAGCCAAUGAAGAAAUAACUCAACAGUUGAAGAAUUUGGAAGAAAGGGUAAAAUCGGUAGAAGUGGUUGAAUCAUUAUAUGGGUUUGACACUAGAGAGCUGAGUUUGGUCCCAGACUUGAUCAUCCCUAUGAAAUUCAAGGUUCCUGAAUUUGAAAAUUACGAUGGUACCACAUGCCCUUCAUCUCAUAUCACCAUGUUUUGCCGAAGGAUGGCCGGUCAUGUGCAAGACGAAAAGCUACUGAUUCACUGUUUUCAAGACAGUCUGAAAGGAUCUGCCGCCAAAUGGUACAACCAAUUAACUAGGGCUCACAUUAAAUCAUGGAGAGACUUGGCAAAGGCUCCGUACUUAGGGCAUUUACUUGGAAAUGCCACCAAAAACUUUGCUGAUCUAGUUAUCUCAGGGGAGCUCAUCGAGAACGCUAUAAAGAGUGGCAAGAUCGAGGCAGUUGAUGGGUCCAGUUCAAAAAAACUAGUAUACCGGAAAAAAGAAAACGAAGUUAAUAAUGAAAAUGUAUACAACAAGAAUACUUCAAAAAGUGUCACAAUAACCCAACCAAGAGAUGAAAGGAAUGACACGAGCACCACCAGAAAUGAUUCCAAGGGACCUCGCAAGGAGAAUGAGAGAAUGUCCUUCACACCACUACCAGUACCCUACUCUGAGAUAUACGCCUCGUUAUUAAAGGCGGAUGUGGUGCGCCCUUAUCGUUUGACUCCUCUGCAACCACCGUACCCUCAUUGGUAUGACGUAAAUGCACAUUGUGAUUACCAUAAUAGAAUUACUGGUCACUCUAUUGAGAACUGUUUGGCCUUCAAAAAAGUUAUGCAAAAUCUGAUUAAUACUGGGGGAUUGCAAUUUGAUUCACCUGAUGUAUCGACACACCCACUACCGAAUCAUGGAGGUAAAGGUGUGAACGCAGUCCAUGAGGAUAAUAGGAAAAAAAUGAAGACAGAUGUUGAUGAAAUCAAAUCUCCCUUUAUUUGGGUGUUCCAACAACUUUAUCAUGUCGGCAUGGUUCAACAAGAUCCUAAACCAAAGCCCAAUGAAUGUGAAAAUUAUUGUGAAUAUCACCAAGAAGAAGGACAAAAAAUUUAA